AUGCAUUAUGCAGCUCGAAGUGGUAAUCACCGUUUUUUACUGGAACAUGGUGCAAAUGAUUUUUCGGAGUCCAAAAGGAGACUAUAUUUUAACAAUGGUCAUACCGGUGGCAAAAACAUUGUUCCUGACCCACUUGGAUCAC